GAAAAGUCUGUCGAAAGUCCACAGUCUAUGGAACAGACUUUUCCACAACAAGAAAAGGCUGUGGAAAGUCCACAGUCUAUGGAACAGACUUUUCCACAACAGGAAAAGUCUGUGGAAAGUCCACAGUCUAUGGAACAGACUUUUCCAUAUCAGGAAAAGUCUGUGGAAAGUCCACCGUCUAUGGAACAGACUUUUCCACAACAGGAAAAGUCUGUGGAAAGUCCACAGUCUAUGGAACAGACUUUUCCACAACAAGAAAAGGCUGUGGAAAGUCCACAGUCUAAGGAACAGACUUUUCCACAAGAGGAAAAGUCUGUGGAAAGUCCACAGUCUAUGGAACAGACUUUUCCGCAACAGAAAAAGUCUGUGGAAAGUCCACAGUCUUUGGAACAGACUUUUCCACAACAGGAAAAAUCUGUGGAAAGUCCGCAGUCUAUGGAACAGACUUUUCCAUAUCAGGAAAAGUCUGUGGAAAGUCCACAGACUAUGGAAUAG